CAACGUGGCCAGCAUUAGCUGCGUGAAACACAGCAGCUGCUGUUUGUCUACACAUGUAUCGAUAACCGGUGCAAUCGAUGGACGCAGGAUAAAACAGGUUAGGUGAAUCAAUUGCAGAACAGACGGAGUGGAAGGUUGAAGCAGCUUGUGAAGAGACAAGCCUAUUGAAACUGGGAAUUUAAACUGUGGUACACUGGAAUUUUACAGAUAUUUAAGUUAUCUGCAAAGGAUUUAAGACAGAAAGUUAACAUAGUUAACUUACCCUGGGGAUCCUGCUUGAGUUCAGUGCAUUUGGAAUUUGCAUUGUGAGCAUUCGAACACAAUUGGCUGGAAGGUGAGGAGGACCGUUUGUUCCAGCACCUGCUUAGCUGUUGGAUCUCAGAGAUGCAUUUAUAGACAGGGUUUCAGGAAAGGACUAAUGAUAGAAUGCUGCAGUUAGCUGGAGUGGGAUUGAACCCCACCUGAACUCCUUCCUGUCCUUUUUGAAGCCCACUUUCCUACAAUGUCCUGCCCUUGCCGUGGGAAGCUGAAGCUCUUGGUUGCCACAGUGACUUUUGUUGUCCUUAUUACUUGGCUGUACCUGUUUGUGGGCAAUUUAGAGAACAGCUGGUCCCUGUUGCUGUCCCCGUGUUUGGGUGAGCAGUCAGAGCGCUACCUGGACCACGGCGUCCUCGAUGCACGCGUCCGGGAAGUGGAGGAAGAGAACCGCCAACUGCGCCUUCAGAUCAGCCAAUCCAAGAGCAGCAAUCAGGACGGGAACUACGGCAACCAGCAGUGGGCAGCGUCCGCAGACACGGGCAUGGAGGACGGGGAGAACACCGCAGAGGAACGGGGCAAUCGCACGGACUGUGUGAAAUGGCCCAUGGUGGAAAAGUGUGAGCUCCUCCAUGUUGCAUGCGUGUGUGCCGGCCACAAUGCCAGCCGUGACGUGGUGACCCUUGUGAAGUCCAUCCUGUUUCACAGGAAGAAUCCCCUGCAUUUCCAUUUCAUCACAGAUGCAGUAGCUCAUGAGAUCCUCAGCUCUCUCUUUCAGUCCUGGAUGGUACCUUCUGUGCAAGUCAGCUUCUACGAUGCAGAUAAACUCAAGUCUGAAGUUGCCUGGAUUCCCAAUAAGCAUUACUCAGGGAUAUAUGGACUGAUGAAACUAACCUUGACCAAGGCACUACCCUCUGACCUCACAAAGGUCAUCGUCCUGGAUACAGACAUCACCUUUGCCACUGACAUUGCAGAGCUGUGGACCAUCUUUAGAAAAUUCACAGACAAACAGGCCAUUGGCCUGGUAGAAAACCAAAGUGACUGGUACCUGGGAAACCUCUGGAAGAAUCACAAGCCCUGGCCGGCUCUAGGGAGGGGGUUUAAUACAGGUGUGAUCCUGCUGUUGCUGGAAAGGCUGCGCCGGAUUGGCUGGGAGCAGAUGUGGAGACUGACUGCAGAGCAGGAGCUGAUGAGCAUGCUCUCCACGUCACUGGCUGACCAGGAUAUUUUCAAUGCUGUUAUCAAGCAGAACCCAGUCCUGGUUCACCAGCUGCCCUGUUUCUGGAAUGUGCAGCUGUCUGACCACACCCGCUCGGAGCAGUGCUACACAGAGGUGUCAGACCUCAAGGUGAUCCACUGGAACUCUCCUAAGAAGCUGCGCGUGAAGAACAAGCACGUGGAGUUCUUCAGGAACCUGUAUCUGACCUUCCUGGAGUACGACGGGAAUCUGCUCCGGAGAGAACUCUUCGGCUGCCCCAGCCAGCCCAGCACAGGGAGCAUUAAGUUACAGGGAGCCCUGGAGGAGCUGGACGAGGAUGACCAGUGUUAUGAUUUCCGCCGGGAGAGGAUCACCAUGCACCGGGUUCACCUCUACUUCCUGCAGUACGAAUACACCGAGACGCAGGGCGGGGCCGACGUCACGUUGGUGGCACAGCUCUCCAUGGACAGGUUACAGAUGUUGGAAGCCAUCUGCAAGCACUGGCAAGGGCCCAUCAGCUUGGCCCUGUACAUGUCAGAUGCCGAGGCUCAGCAGUUCCUGCGCUAUGCCCAGGCCUCGGAGGUGCUGAAGAGCCGCAAGAACGUCGGCUACCACGUCGUCUACAAGGAGGGCCAGUUCUACCCUGUCAACCUGCUGAGGAACAUCGCGCUGAGAAACGCCAACACUCCCUACGUCUUUCUGGCAGACGUGGACUUCCUGCCAAUGUACGACCUCUACGAUUACCUCAGAAAAUCCAUAAUCCAGCUGGACAUGGCCCACACAAAGAAAGCCCUGAUCGUCCCAGCUUUUGAAACCCUGCGAUAUCGCCUCUCUUUCCCCAAAUCCAAAGCAGAGCUUCUCUCCAUGCUGGACAUGGGGACCCUCUAUACUUUCAGGUACCACGUGUGGACCAAGGGCCAUGCCCCAACUGACUAUGCCAAGUGGAGAACAGCAACCACCCCCUAUAAAGUAGAGUGGGAGUCAGACUUUGAGCCUUACGUUGUAGUGAGGCGUGACUGUCCGGAAUACGAUCAGAGGUUCGUUGGUUUUGGCUGGAACAAAGUAUCCCACAUCAUGGAACUCGAUGCACAGGAGUAUGAUCUGGUGGUGUUGCCCAAUGCCUUUGUGAUCCACAUGCCUCAUGCCCCGAGCUUCGAUAUCUCCAAAUUCAGAUCCAGCUCCGGCUACAGGAAUUGUCUGCAAACCCUGAAGGAUGAGUUUCACCAGGAUCUAUCCCGCAAGUAUGGCUCUGCAGCCCUGAAAUAUCUCACUGCUGAAAGGAACAUGUAGGAGAUCUGCCCCUAUCCUCUGCUAACUCAAUACCAUCCUGGAAUUGGUACCUGCUGAAGAGCUAGGGGAGUGCAAAUUCACAGCUAGUGCAAAUUCACAACUGCAUCCGAAAAGCACUACUGUAUAGCGGGUUUCAAGCGGGUAUUACGCUGGAUGCACAAAAAGAUUAACGUUGGGGGGGGGGGGGGGG